GCCGCGAGGAGAGACUCUCAAACCGGCGCGAACCGGUUAUAGGGAGCUGUAUUUUCUCCGUUAGGGAACUAGGGCGUCUCAGCGUUGGUAGGACACAAUACUUCUCUCGAGCUCGAAGAGAGCUUUCUAUACGGUAGGAUGUAGACUGGACAACCGAAAGUGCAUCAACUAGUAAUCAAUAAAUGAAAGUUCAUCUCCGAUCUACAACUUGUAAACUAUUAUCUCGAACUUGGGAGACACGUACAGUGUCAAAACACUGACAGAACCCGAAGCCAAUAUUUUUUGAUAGCAUCAGAUGAAAUAUUAACGCACUCCGAAACGCCUAAUAAGAGUUUCCUGUUUUUCAAUCAAAUAAAUAUUCUCAAUCUACUCUACUCUUUCACGUUUUGCGAUACAUGCUGCACAUAUAACAAGAUCGACAAAAUAAUAUGAUCAGCUAAUGUCGGCUCUCUUGUUGCAACCAUUUUGUCACCACGGCAAACAGCGGAUACAGCCGAGUCCAGGCAUCAACAGAAACUCACAUAGACAAAAAAAUUAUAACAUGAAGAGACAUACAACUGUCAAACAUGCGCACCGCGCCCCCAGACGCACAAGGACGCUCGCGCGCUCAGAGAGAUCUCGAAGCAGCAACAAGGCGUUCGGAGAUGCUGAGAGGAGAGCGACAGAGAAAGAUGGUGAACGUUCGCAGGUGUGCUCUUGUUUGUCCUCCACUGGGACCUCUUGACGCGAGAGUCUGCUCAACCAACGCCUACCUCUUAACUAAGUGAUAUUUGGGCGAGACGGCGUAAUGGAUGGGAAACAAAGAGUUGAUACACUCAGCGCGCGAGUGGGUUUACGACCUCACAGCUUCUGAAAUGCUGGACAGCUCCUCUUACAUGAUGCAACGAGAUCCUGCACCGGUGCUCGCGCUACCAGUGUCCUGGUACGACAUGUGCAAGACGUUAAAAAUACAGGACCGUUCGUCAACAGAGUGUAGUUUGUUAUGCUGUCCCAUUGUGUAAUGUCUUUCAGCUAUUCUGCUAAAUAACUAAUCUAAAGGCAGCCAAAAGCCGCCAUAAAUGAGACUAAGACAGUAGGGGGUGGAGGUACACAGCAGAUUUAUAUGUAACGGGGCGCACAACUUCAAGCCCAAACGGAAACACGCGUCUACCAUCGCUGAUUGUGAGGCAAACGAAGGAAAGAGAAAGCGGUAGGGGGAGGAGGAGGUGGGGUAAAGCGGAACAAACCGGUGCCGGAUACACGCUGUAGCGGCUCGCCCGCACUGCAGAUUAACCCUUGGGGCGCCGAAGAUCCUAACGGCGGGAAUACAAAUCAGGACAGAGGGAAAACCGUACGCGUGCUCUUAAGACAGAUGCGAGAGCAGACAACCGCAUUCGCUCGAAACCCGGUCAAGCCAGUUACUCCACUUGAAGUGCACUUGACAUAGACAGUUACACCAUUGGUAAGACCACAAAUAAUUUUUUAAAGCAGGACAGGAACUUAGAAGAAACAGACACUCAUUUCUGUGAAAUGGGCAGUCUUAUCAAAGUGAGUAUAUAGAAUAAUUCAAUCUGGUAUGCAGUGAGGGACAGUAGCGUUCCCAGAACAUCAGUAAGGCAGUCUAAUACCAGUGAAGUCACAGCCCGGUCACCUAGACGGACAGGCCAGUCACACACAAUCAGACAGCAAGUCAGCUGUUCGGACACAAUCAGUCAGCAAAUCUGUCAAUCAGGCACAAUCAGUCAGACUCCUAGUCACGCACCAUCAGACAGUAAGUUGGUCAUACACAAUCAGUAAAUCAGUCAGCUAUAAACAGUCAGUCAGUGAGACAGCAGGUCAUAUACAAUCAGACAGCCGGUCUUUCAGGCUGUGACACUCAACCAGACAGUCAGAAAAAAAGACAGACGCUGUCCGUCAAUCGGCAAGGUCGGCCGACAAGCUCGACGGUCCAAUGAGCCGCGGCCAGCCCCUUCAGUGAGAAAGAGCCGGCCAAUCGGAAGCCCGGCUGGGCCGGGGAGGCCCAGACGCCCAAGAGCCCGCGGGACCAGGAGAAGGGAGUUGGAGGGGAGGGGAUAAAUUGGGAGAGAGACUCCCGGCGACCCGAAUGCAGAACCUCCUCGAGCAGAACUUGGACAUGGCCACGGCUCUGCUCGCCGGAGAGAAGCUGAAGGAGCUGAUCCUGCCGGGCUCGUCCCAGGACGAGAAGGGCGGGGCCCUGGCCGGCCUCAUGGUCCAGCUCAAGCUGGAGCUGCCCUUCGACCGCGUGGUCACCAUCGGCACCGUCAUCAUCCCCAUCCUGCUGGUCACCCUGGUCUUCACCCGCAACUUCGCAGAGGAGUCCAUCUACUGCUACACGCCGCACAACUUCACCCGCGACCAGGCCCUGUACGCCCGCGGCUACUGCUGGACGGAGCUGCGGGACGCCAUCCCGGGCGUGGACCCCGCCCUCCGGCCCUCCCUCUUCGAGCACAAGUUCCUGCCCUACGCCCUGCUGGCCUUCGCCGGCAUCAUGUACCUGCCCGCCCUGGGCUGGGAGUUCAUGGCCUCCACGCGCCUCACCUCCGAGCUCAACUUCCUGCUCCACGAGAUCGACAACUGCUACCACCGGGCGGCCGAGGGCCGGGCGCCCAAAAUCGAGAAGCAGAUCCAGUCCAAGGGGCCGGGCAUCACGGAGCGGGAGCGCCGCGAGAUCAUCGAGAACGCCGAGAAGGAGAAGAGCCCCGAGCAGAACCUCUUCGAGAAGUACCUGGAGCGCCGCGGCGAGAGCAACUUCCUGGCCAAGCUGUACCUGGCCCGCCACCUGGCCAUCAUCUGCCUGAGCUCCAUGCCCAUCACCUACCUGAGCGCCUACUACGCCCGCCAGCGGCAGAACGAGUUCACCUGCGCCCUGGGCGAGCUGCCGGACGUCAGCAGCCCGCCGCCGCACCGGCUGGACGUCAACUGCAAGCUGCCGGCCGUGCAGCUCCAGCGCAUCAUGGCCGCCGUGGACCUGGGCCUGCUCGCCGGCGUCAACGUCAUCAUCCUGCUCAAUCUGCUGCACCUGUUCGUGGUGCGCAAGUCCAACUUCGUCUUCGACAAGCUCCACAAGGUGGGCAUCAAGACGCGGCGGCGCUGGCAGCGCUCGCAGUUCUGCGACAUCAACAUCCUGGCCAUGUUCUGCAACGAGAACCGCGACCACAUCAAGUCGCUCAACCGCCUGGACUUCAUCACCAACGAGAGCGACCUCAUGUACGACAACGUGGUCCGCCAGCUGCUGGCCGCCCUGGCGCAGUCCAACCACGACGCCACGCCCACCGUGCGCGAGUCCGGCAUCCAGACGGUGGACCCGGGCCUGGACCCCGCCGUGCUGGCCGUCGGCGAGCUGGGCGGGGAGCCGCCGCUGGUCGUGAAACGCCCCCGGAAGAAGAUCAAGUGGAUCCCCUCCACCAACCCCCUGCCGCAGCCCUUCAAGGAGCCGCUGGCGAUGACGCGGCUGGAGAACAGCGCCAAGCCGGAGAAGCUGAAGCCGGUUCGGCGAAAGACGGUGAUGGACAACUUCAUCAACCCGCAGCUGGACACCAAGAGCACGCAGCACCCGCCCAUCUCCAAAGCCACAGACCUGACCGGCGGGUGCCUGGAGAAGAAGCAUGCCCGAAACUUCUCCCUGGACGUCCAGCCCUACACCCUGACCUUCCGGAAAACCAAGGUCGAGACCGUCCAAUCGCAGCCCCACCCGCAGGAGCACACGCUGGACAGCGUCUUCAUAGAGGGGACCCACACCGUCGUCCACGCAGUCCCCGCCCCCAUCGCAGAGAAAAAAGACACUCUGAUAGAGUCCCCUGCUCCGCCCUUCUCAGCAGUCACCCUGCCCAACUCCUCCUACCUGAACGGGAGCUCGCCCACCCAGCCCCUCCCCCCGGAAACGCUCGCCCCAGCGGGGGAGCCGGACGGCCAGGGCGUGGCCUUCGGCCGGAACCCCGCCCACCCGCUGCUGGGCAUCCGGCGCGCGCUGUACGACGAGGAGGAAGAGGAGGAGGCCGAGUCCAGGCGGGACAGGCUGGCCGCGAGGCCCGGCGGGGAGCUGAUCGCCGCCGGCGAGUGCUGAGAAGGGGGAGGGGGGGGCGAAGACGACC